UAGAGAUUAGAGAAUAGAGUGUAGAGACGUAGAGUGCGUGCUGUGCAGCCGCUCCCGCAGGGAUUUUAUCGAUUAUUGUUCCCUAAAAAAGAACACGUACGACUGCUGCUCAUUGUAGGCUCUAGUAACUAUGUCUCUGCCAUUUUCCGGCACGAAAUCAAAGUCGGCGGGCUUGGUGAGUGCGAUAAGGAAACAGACGUUAUUAUUGAACCUCAAGCCCGUGAAAAAAGUGUCUGUCAAGUUCGAUCCUUUUAGCCAAAAUGCUGCCACGGCCAGGAAUUUUAUGUACUAUUUACUAUCACCGAAAAUAAUCAAAACAAAUCCUCUGUGCUUGGUAAGAAACGAAGUUGUUAACGAUAGAAGUGAAUCAACAAUUGAUGUUUCUUUAGUGAAUGGUGAAUCAGUGUUAUUUAAAUGCCAAAACUUAACUGUUUUGGAAAUAUUUCAACAGUUCAAUAAACAUAUAACUCCCUUAGCACCUAAAGAAGAAGUAACUGAAAUUCUCGUGACAAAGACUGAUAAGAAAAAAGGAGGAAAGCGGUAAAAUGGCCAAAAAAGAACAUUAUACUACAACAAUUAUCAAUGGAUUCUAUAAUCAAUUGCCAGCUUUUUCAGAUGUUUUUGAUGAAGAAUCGUGGUAUUUAUUUGUAAUAUGUUUUGUGGCAUUCACAUUAAUAGUUGUUUACAUUUUAUCAAAGUUUAUAAAAUUACAACCUGUAGAUUGGUGAUAAAUAAUAUUCUUAGAAUUAGUUAUUUAAAUCAAAUUAUUUCAUUAUGUAAAAAUCUUGUAAUUUAUAAUAAUUUUAAAUAAAGAAUGAAUAUUGAAAUUAAAAAUUAUCAGUAAUAUUUUUGUUAAACUUAAUAUAGGUAGAAUUGCUUUUUAAAUGUAUUCAUUUAAAUUUUUAAAAUUGAAACUUGACCAAAAUGCUUAUUUUACAAAUCAAAAACAUUUAAUCAUUAACACGAACAGUUAAACUUUUGUAUACAUUUGUGCAAUCUAAUAUGUAAAUUCAAAAAGUCUCAAAAAUUGUUAUUAGUAUUUACAAAAUAUGUAAAAUAUAUUUACAAUACAUAAAAAAAAUGUAUCUUAGUAAAUUUCAUUAAAGUCUUAUAAAACUAUUAUAUUACAUAACAAA